AUGAAUCCAUUAUCUUCUCAAAAACAAUUUUAUCAUAUUAUCAGUGGUUCAUUGGAUACGACUAUACGUAUAUGGAAUGCAUAUACUGGUGAAUUGAAACAAACUUUCUAUGGUCAUCGUUCAUUAACAAGUGAAUUAGCAUUUGGGUCUGAACAAAAUAUUCUUGUGUCAAGUAAUGCCGAUGAAACAAUACGAGUUUGGCAUAUGAAUAGUGGAAAGUGUGUACAUGUUCUUGCUGGACGUAUACUAAGGUUUAUAAUAUCAUCUGGUGAUGACGGUACAGUGAAAUUAUGGGAUAAGCAGUCUGGUGCGUAUAUUCGAGAUCUUUUACGCCUUGAUGGAGCUGGACGAGGCGGUGUUAUCUGGCGUAUAGUUGCUUCUGAAGAACGUUUAAUAUGUGCUGCUGGAAGUCGAAUUGGUAUGGAACCGACAAAAUUAGUUAUUCUACAGUUUCAAGAACCAAAUCUUUGUUCAAAACACUCGAACACUAAUAAUAGUAGUAAUAAAAUAUCUCAUAUCUGUCGGCCUAGACAUAAAUAUGCUCCAGAACCGAGACUUAGUCAACUAAUAUGCGCCAAUUUCAGUACAAUCUAG